AUGUUUGCCCAUAGCCUCAUACUGACAAUUACCUCAAAGGUUCGAUCUGUCCAGCCAGCAAAUACAAGCUACAAAAGCAACAACAAUUUUUUCCCUAUUCAUUCAAGUGCUGGAAUCAUGGCAACGCUAGCCACAGAUCCGCCUGAUGCCCAGGUAAAAUUCAUAUUGUAUCUUCAUUUUCUUCGUUUAAUCUGGUUUCCGAAGGCCGUCAACCACAGUCUCUCUGUAGUAGCUUCUCCAGCAGCAAUAGCUGCCCGACUAUCCGCCCAAGAGUCCUGCACCGCGCUACAACAGAGAUGGUCAACGAUGGGCUUGAGGAUAAACGAUUAG